CCAGUGAGGCUGCGCUGCGGCUGCGGGGCCGGAUGGCCGAGCCCGCCCGCCCCGCUCCCCUCACUCGGGCGGCGGCCGGCGGCGGGCGAGGAGCCGGGGCCGGGCCGGGAGAAGCAGCGCCAUGGUGUCAUGGAUCAUCUCCAGGCUAGUGGUGCUUAUAUUUGGCACUCUUUACCCAGCGUAUUAUUCUUACAAAGCCGUGAAAUCGAAGGACAUCAAAGAAUAUGUCAAAUGGAUGAUGUACUGGAUCAUAUUUGCGCUCUUCACAACAGCAGAGACGUUCACGGAUAUCUUUCUUUGCUGGUUUCCAUUCUACUAUGAACUCAAAAUAGCUUUUGUAGCUUGGCUGCUGUCUCCGUACACAAAAGGCUCCAGCCUCCUGUACAGGAAAUUUGUUCACCCAACACUGUCUUCAAAAGAAAAGGAGAUCGACGACUGCCUCGUCCAGGCUAAAGACCGGAGCUACGAUGCCCUCGUGCACUUUGGGAAGCGGGGCCUGAACGUCGCGGCCACGGCAGCUGUCAUGGCAGCUUCCAAGGUCUCUCAGCUGCUUCAUUUACACUUGUAUUUGGACCAGAAAAAAGGGCAGGGCCAGGGAGCCUUGUCCGAGAGACUAAGGAGCUUUAGCAUGCAGGAUCUCUCGACCAUUCGUGGAGACAGCAGCAGCACUGUUCCUCCGUCGGUCACUGUACGAACAAGUAGCAAACAGAGCCAGCCAAAACCAUCCAGAAGUGCGUCGGAAGGCACUGGCAGCUCAGUGUGCACGUGUUGCUCGGUGUGCCGACUCCUCAGAGAUGUGAACGAUAAAUAUGAAAAGCCACGGCAGGCAAACUGUGAAACAAAAGGCUCUGUGUUCUCAGAUGAUGAAGAGAACGAUUUGUUGGCUUGCGCAUCCAUGAACAAAAGGCCCAAAAGGAAGGAUCAGCCCCUUGAGGCACCGCCUAGGACCCUUAGACCUCGCUUCAGGAAGAAAAGUACCUUGUCCUCUGCCACCGAAACAAUGUGAGUGCAAUGAGCCAAUAGCACCAAGAUCCACAGAAUGUCUCUCUUCUGCCUUAAAGAGCUACUCGAUAAUAAUGUAGGAAACAGCAGCGGGAUGGAUGUGCUUCGAUGUACAGCGUUGUAGACAUGGCCUUUCUCUCUCCUCUCUCCGUACCCGUUCCAUGCUUCUCGCGUUUGUCAGUGACAUGGUUAGGACAGCCUGACGGAGCCCUGUGGAUUCAGAGUCCCUGUUUUGUUUGCAGAGCGUCCCCCCACUCGUGCUGACCCUGUCGGGCUGUACAUUUACAAUUCUCAUUUGUCUGCAUAGCUCUGGCCUUGUGAAUGCACAGCGAAGGCAAAAAUACUCAGUUGCUCAUGA